UUGUCGGAUAGGUUUGCGGACGGUUUGGGGCGUCCGGUCAAAAUUGAAGCUAUUGAUCCUAUGUUGGACAUCUCUGGAUUCCGGUUUCAUUCCUCAUUGUCAUGUAAGCGAAUCGUCUAUCCAGAAGUCUGUAUGAGUACAGAAACCUCGAACAUGUAAGGAUAAUGUAUCGUUAUGGACUGCAGUGUAGUAGGAGAAAUCUUGUGCGACCAACGCUCUCUUUAUUUAAACCGACUCAAUGUAGGGGAACGUACUCGAACCCAGGCUGGCGCGGAUCUGGAUCAGGACAAGCUAAGUUGUCCGCCAGCCACAACGCGACGUCAUACCACUAGACCAUACCACGAUAGGGCUGUUAGCUGGUGUGUAGUCAAUAUGGAGGUAUUGAUGCUUACCCUUAGUGAUUUGUUUUGAUGGAAAAUUUUGAAACCAUUACAUUCAUAUAGUUACCAUA